AUGAGCAAACGUUUUCUCACAGUCAUCAUCUGCCUCAUGCAUGUGCGAGCUACGGACGUGCUUCCCACGGUGGACGUCAGCAUCAACACUGAAACUUCCAGAUUGCUGGAGACAAAACAGGAUCAGGAUGACAAUCGGAAUGCCAUGUACAACUUAGAUGAUUCAGAGAAUGUCAGAGAGAUCAAGAGAUUUCUUGCUGAGCGGCCGAAGAAAGUUGAACCAAGGUUCUGGAAGAAGGCAAGACAAUGCUUUUGUGUGGAGGAAAUGCAAUGCUGGGGGGAGAGGAAGCGUCAAAUCCGAAAGUGCAAGACAAUUCACCCAACAACAGCCGACGGAGCAACCUCCGCCUGCCUGAAAACCGGAGAGCAGGAGGAUGAGUCGGCCAAAGUGGAGAACACCCAGAUCUUUCUUGAUGCGCUGCAGAUGAAGCCCAACGACGUCGACAUUCUUUUCAACUUUGCACAGUACCUCACUCGAUCCGGGAAAGGAGACGAUGCAAUCACGUACUUCGAUCGCAUCCUUCAGCUCGAUCCGACACACUACUUGACGCUGGACAGAUAUGCCACACUUCUUGACUUCCAGGGUGAGAAGCUGGACAAGGCUCAAGAGAUGUACCAAGGCGCGAUGCUCUUUGCAGACACUCCUCAAAGCCAGGGGAUGGUAUGUGCAAAUUUUGCACAAUUUUGUUUUUCGCGCAAGAAAGACAUUGAAGGAGCAAAACAACUGUACAUGAAGGCAAUCUCUCUUGACCCGGAGAAAUCGCAAUACCUCACAUAUCUUGCGCUGGUCCUGCAGCAUGAUGGCGACUACGAUGUCGUUGACAUUUGUGUUGGGGCAGAAGCUGAGAAAUAUUUCUCCCUGGCGACUGGAUUACAGCAAAGCGACUUAGACAGCCUGAACGCAUAUGCUAUGUUUCUAGAGAGUAUCAGAGGGGACCUUGGUGGGGCGGAGGAAUGCUAUCGGAGAGCAUUCGAGAAUGAUGACAAGCAUGUUCCCACACUCGUGAACUUCGCGCAUCACCUUCACACUCUCCGAAAGGACAACGAUCUAGCUGAGAUCAUGUACAAGAGAGCGCUCAGCGUCUGCCCAACCAACAUCAACGCUCUCACCAAUUAUGGUUUCUUCCUCGCCACAGUCCGUGAAGAUGACUCUUCUGCAAACCAUGUGUUCAAGGCGGCACUGCAACUGGACCCCACUAACGACAUGAUUCUGCUCAACAUGGCUGACCUGACCGCCAAAAUCGCCGAAGACUACAGCUUUGCAGAGUCGCUCUACCGUCAAGCUCUGCAGAUCAAUCCGACUAACAUCAUAAUCAUUAACAACUUGGGUCAGUUCCUCCAUCAAGUUCUGCAAAGAAUUCCAGAAGCAGAAGAGAUGUUCAUAAGGGCUCUGUCCAUUCAGCCUGCCUUUCCCGUCGGCACGAGAAUACCUCGACAAAGCUAUCAAUGCCGGUAA